CAAAUUACAAAUUAACUAUACAAAUUGUUCAACACCAAUCUAGAAAACUCAAGAAAGUUGAAGCAAAUCACAAAUAAUCCGUAAAUAACAUGAUUAAUUGAAAGUUUCUUCCUUUCAAUUAAGUUUCUUCACUCUCCACUCGAUAACAUGAUUAUCCAUAAAUAACAUGAUUAAGUGUCCGGGUCUCUCAUUGCCAAGGCUUUCAAUUUAACGCAGUUCAGCAGCUCGGCAUGGCUAGGAUCAUCCAUCGAAUCUGCUAUCGGUAUCAUUGGAGAAGACAAGCAGGUAUUACUGAAUUCCCUUAUGCUUAUUCUCCAGCUUCUGCCGCAGCUCCUCUCUCGACCUACUUCUCCUCCAAUCCAAUUAGUCCUCGGACCUCCAAUUCUGUAACUUUCGCCAGCAUAGAUGAUGCCUUGGAUUCAUUUAAUAGGAUGCUCCACAUGAACCCUAGACCCUCAAUUGUGAAAUUUUCUCAGUUGGUAAAUUCUCUUAUGAGAAUGAACGCCUUCCAGGCUGCCUUGUAUGCGUCUAAACAAAUGGAAGUAGCUGGAUUCCACCAUGAUCUUCACACGCUGAGCAUGUUGCUUCGUUGCUUCUGUAAAUUGGGUCGAGUGGAUUUUGGCUACUCAGUUUUGAGCAAAGCUUUGAAACUCGGUGUUCAAUUCAACGAUGUAAUGCUCAGUACAUUGAUUGAUGGGCUCUGUAAAGUUGGGAGAGUAAUCGAGGCUGCAAGGUUGGUUCAUAAGAUUAGGAUUUUGGGUUAUCAUCCGGAUGCUUUUUCUUAUACCACAAUUAUAGAUGGAUUAUGCAAGGUAGGGCAAACGAGUGCAGGACUUGAAUUGCUCAAAAACAUGAAGGAGUUUGGCUGUCAACCUGAUGUCGUUAGUUAUAACACAGUCAUUAGCAGCCUAUGUAAGGAUGGGAUGGUAUCAAAGGCUUUUGAUGUUUUUUCAGAGAUGAAGGAUGAAAUGAUUCAACCAAAUGUGUUCAGUUACAAUAGCUUGAUUGCUGGUUUGUGCAUUUCAAGCACAAUCAAUGAAGCUAUGAAGUUACUCAAUGAAAUGGUAGAGAGGAAGAUCAUGCCCAAUACAGUUAGCUAUUCCACAUUGGUUGAUGCUUUUUGCAAGGAAGGAAAUGUUUUGGGAGCUAAAGUUAUACUCAAAGUAAUGUUUCACAGAGGAUUUCUUCCAGAUGUCAUCACUUACACUUCAUUGAUGAAUGGAUACUGUUUGCGCAAUGAAUUAGACAAAGCUAGAAAGUUAUUUGAUUUCAUAGUCAAUAAGAGAUGUGAACCUAACGUUUACUGUUAUAAUAUCAUGAUUCACGGAUAUUGUAACAAUGGAAGGAUGGAUGAAGCUGAAGAAUUACUUAAUGAUAUGCUUGAGAAGGAUUUGGCUCCGGAUACAGUCACGUAUACUACUAUGCUAAAUGGAUUUUGUCAAGCACGGAGGCUUAAAGAUGCACGACAAAUUCUCAAUAAAAUGAGUGGUCAGGGUUGUUCCCCGAAUAAUGUGACAUACAAUAGCUUGCUUGAUUACUUUUGUAGACAAGGUCAACUAGACGGUGCAUUAGCUCUAUUUCAAGUAAUAGAAAAUAGUAGGUUGAAGUCUGAUAUUACAGGGUACAGUAUCCUUAUGGACGGGCUGUGGAAAGCGGGGAGGGAAAAGGAAGCUAGGGAAAUGUUUUCUAGGCUCUCUAGAGACAAGUUUUUGCAACCUGAUACCCGCGCAUAUACCAUUACAGUUGAUGGACUAUGCAGACAAGGUUUUGUCGAUGAAGCAUAUGAUCUGUUCAGGAAAAUGGAGGGGGAUAGUUGUCUACCAGAUAGUUGCUUUUACAACGUGAUUAUUCAUGGAUUUCUUCGCCAUAAGGAUCCCCUUGAAGCAAUAGACCUCAUUCAUGAGAUGGUUUCGAAAGGUUUCUCAGCCGAUGCAACCACCAUGUCUUUGCUAAUAGAAUUGUUGCCCAGGAAUCAGUUGGAUCAUCCAAUAUUCCAGAAGCUAUUGAAUGGUCCUGAUAUCAAGAGUCAUAAAAUAGGGUCUAGUGGUCUAUCAGUUGCUGCAACUCAAGGAACUAGCUGAAAUUCUCAUCCAAAUGCCAGUUGCAUGAUCCUUUAAUUGAUCAAAAUCUCCCGGCUUGGAGAAGAUUCUGAAGAUAGAAGAUAGCUGGAACUAACGGUCCGAUUCAUGAUCCUUGUCAUCCCACUUACAUAUUGUUGAUUCUGUCUGCUGUACAAAUGAGCUCCGAUCCCUGUACGUUUCUGUCCAUGUUUGAUGCAUUAGUAUGUGCCGAACCUGUUUCUGAUUAUUGUUUAGAGAUAUGAAGCUCGCUUGUCUAGCAACAUAACUAUGUAUUUGCGACAAAGGCCAAAGCCUUGAAUGGAACUCUAGGGUUCUGCUUCUGUCAAGAAGAAGCAAUGUUUGGUUACCCAUUUUUGGACUUCACUCAUCUGAAUGAGAUAGUGAUCAACCUUCAAAUGAAGCUUGUGUUAGGAAGUAUUAUGUAUACUGGUUAAAUGGUCAGCGCUUUGCGGCUAUGUUAAUUUUGCUGAAUAUGAAUCUACUUUCAAUCCUACUUUAAAUGAAUUGCAAUUUGGAAC